CCUGCGGCGGGGACACGCGUGGCCGGGAGGGGGACGUGAGUGUGGCCGGCGGGCACCGAACUCCUGCGGGCCGGGCCGGUGUCUGCCGCCCUGUGUCGCCGGGGGAUGCGAGGCGGCCGGCCCCUGGCCCCCCUCGUGGCCUGCGGGCAGGGGCUGCGCGGUGCCGCUGCCCCCUCCCCGUAGCUCCGGGGCCGGCCCCCGGACCGCGUGCCCGGGGGGAUCCACAGCCGCCGGUCGGCGCCGGGCCGGGGCGCUCGAUGCGCAGCCGGGGAUGCCCGGCCCUCGUUCCGUGACCUUUCCCGUUAUAGGACUCCGGGCCCCGGUUCCCGGGCCCGCGUUCACCCCCUGCCCCCGCGAAGGGCCAAGGGCAGGCGGUGCCGUCCGGCGGAGCGCCUCGGGAGCUGCCGAGAGGUCUUUGAGCCCCAACCGAGUCAUCACCAGCUUCGUUCAAGAUGCCACCGGCUGUCGGAGGCCCUGUGGGAUACACCCCUCCUGAAGGAGGGUGGGGAUGGGCUGUGGUCAUCGGAGCUUUCAUCUCCAUUGGGUUUUCCUACGCCUUCCCCAAAUCCAUCACUGUGUUCUUCAAAGAGAUUGAGGUCAUCUUCAAUGCGUCUAGCAGCAAAGUCUCGUGGAUCUCCUCCAUCAUGCUGGCUGUUAUGUAUGCAGGAGGUCCCAUCAGCAGCAUCCUGGUGAACAAAUACGGCAGCCGACCCAUCAUGAUUGUGGGUGGGUGCCUCUCUGGGUGUGGUUUGAUUGCAGCUUCUUUCUGCAACACUGUGGAGGAGCUCUACUUCUGCGUGGGCGUUGUAGGGGGCCUCGGACUUGCAUUUAACCUGAACCCAGCCUUAACCAUGAUUGGCAAGUACUUCUUCAAGAAGCGUCCCCUGGCAAAUGGACUGGCUAUGGCAGGCAGCCCCGUGUUCCUGUCGACCUUGGCGCCUGUGAACCAGAUGUUCUUUGGUAUAUUUGGCUGGCGAGGGAGCUUCCUCAUCCUCGGUGGUCUCCUGCUGAACUGCUGUGUUGCUGGGUCCCUCAUGCGACCAAUUGGCCCCAAGCCAGACCAGCUGAAAAAAGAGGCUGCUAAAGAGGUGUUGCAGGAAGCUGGGAAAGCGAAAAAAGAUGACGGUGAUACUAGCACAGACCUCAUCGGUGGGAAGGCGAAGAAAGAGAAGAGCACGCUCUUCCAGACGAUCAACAAGUUCUUGGACCUUUCCCUGUUCACGCACAGAGGCUUCCUGCUCUAUCUGUCGGGCAAUGUGAUCAUGUUUUUUGGGCUCUUCACUCCCUUGGUCUUCCUCAGCAAUUACGCGAAGAGCAAGCAGAUUGCCAACGAGUCUGCAGCCUUCUUGCUCUCCAUACUGGCCUUUGUAGACAUGGUAGCCAGACCUUCCAUGGGACUGGUGGCAAACACCAAGUGGAUCAGACCGAGAGUCCAGUAUUUCUUUGCCAUCUCCGUGAUUUACAAUGGGGUGUGCCACCUCCUGGCCCCCAUGUCCACCACCUACGCUGGCUUCUGCAUUUAUGCUGGCUUCUUUGGCUUUGCCUUUGGCUGGCUUAGCUCGGUGCUCUUUGAAACCCUGAUGGACCUGGUGGGAGCACAAAGGUUCUCCAGCGCAGUCGGCCUUGUGACCAUUGUGGAGUGCUGCCCGGUGCUUCUGGGACCCCCUCUGCUUGGUAAGCUCAACGACAUGUAUGGUGACUACAAGUACACGUACUGGGCCUGUGGGGUCAUCCUCAUCAUCUCUGGGGUCUACCUCUUCAUCGGGAUGGGCAUCAACUACCGCCUGGUGGCGAAGGAACAGAAGGCAGAGGAGAAGACGAGGAAUGAAGGGAAAGAGGAGGAGACCAACAUCGAUGAGGCUGAGAAACAGAAAGAGGCAAACAAUGAUGUGGCCACCUUGCCACAGAAGAGCACGGAAGAUGGUGUCAAAGAGGAAGAAAGCCACAUGUGAGGGACUGGUUUUAAUCCCAGUGUGUCGGGGGGAAGUGCCGCUGCCCUGAAGCGGUGUCUGGGGAAAUGCUCUGCUGGUGUUGAGCGGCUGUGAGAAGUGUUUAAACCAGGUGUUCAUUUUUAACCAGGCUCUGAAUUGUCUUUCCAUCUGUGUUCAACAAAGGUAACAGAGCUAUGUGUGCAGUAUCCUCGCGUGUUUGGGGUGGGGGUGGGGGAAGGGAUGACUUUUAAUAUUCUGGCUUUUUAACAGUAACAUGAUUGUACUAAUACGUGCCUUACAGUCUUCAUAUCUAGCUGAAUCUGGAUGAGCCUUAACUCUACUCUGUAAACCGUGCUUUAGCUCUGUAUUCUGCUCGGGGUAUGGCGUGUGUGUGCGUGUAUUUUUAAGGAGUUCUGUUGUUAAAAAAGCCAUAAAAAGCAGGAUACUGGAUUUGUUGAAGCACAGGGGGUGUCAGGGCCAAGCCCCGGAUGAAUACUGCUUCACACGCUUCUUACUGCAGGCUAUCCACGGGGGGGAGAUCUGGGCAUGGGGGCAGGGGGUCUUCAGCUCCUGUACCAGAUGCCUCCUGGCUCUGUUAGGUGGUCUUUAUGUUUUGAAAACACUUUAGCUACUGUAGUUCUUUAAAAAUCCUUCUUUUGUAGUUGUGCUCUCAUGGGAUAUUCAGGUUGAAAAAGGAUGGCUGGAGUUCAUGUUGGGCAGUGUCUUCUGUGCGAGUGUCCCCCGGGCCCGAGCAGCCGUGGUGUGCAUCAGCCCUCCUCCCCGUGAGGUGCCACCUGCGGAGAGUUGGGGUCUGUGCCCCCCGUGGGUGGGAGCCUCCUGCCUCCACCUCUGCAGUGUUUUUUCUUGAUGUGAUGUGACCCAAACUGGGCACUGGCAUGGGGGGCACCAGUCCACCGACCCCAUCUGGGGGGACUCGCAGGUGCUGCCCUGUCUCUUGGGGGGGGGUUUCUACCUGGGAACCCCCAGCUCAGAGUCCUGACAAGACAAGUGGGUUUGGAUGCUUAACGCUUUGCAGGCUGAAGGGGCCAGAUAGACUGGACUAUCAUUGAUACAUCCCUGAGACAGGUAUUCUGCUUCUGCUCUUUUAUCUCUUAGAAAAACCUCUUCUACUUGCUUCUGUUCAACUAAGAUAUUAAGGCAAUGGAUGCCAAACCACUCACAUCUAGGAUGUGUAAGGGGGUGGAAAGAAUUUGUAUGUAUUUAUUUUUUAUUUUUUAGUGUUGGAAAAUAUCUCAACGUAUGUGGAGCAGGUUAAUGGCUCUCAAGUUCUAGUAAAUGUUGAUCAGAAAUCUUGUAAGAGGCUGAGUAUUUUUUCAAAUAAACUUGUUUUUUUUUACAAUUCA